GUUAAACAAUACGGGCGUUAAUAAUCAUUUGUUGUCGUUGACGAGGACGGCGUUUGAAAAGCAGGCGUUCGUUUUUGUAAACUGGCGACAGUUUCCAUUAUUUCCACUCUGAUUUAAAACGGCGAGAAUAAAUCGUUUUUUUUCCAAGUUUCUAUUGAAGAAAUUAAUCAAGCAACAAUGUUAAAGCUCGUAACAUUAUCGCGGUGUUGUUACGAGUGUGCGUGAUAUUCUGUGAUGUAUCUGCAUUUUGCAAAUGCGUUUUCCUAUUGUUAUUAACCGGGAAACUUAUUUAUUACAGAUCGCCCUUAUAGCUGGCUCUGCAUCCAGUCUCAAUGCUACGGCUAGCCCUCUAUAGCAGCCCUCAGUUCAUAUGAACUGAGUGGAGCUAGCGACUGUUAGCUUUAUGUCAGCGCUAGCUAGCAACCUGGGCUGACAUUCCGUGACAAGGGGAAAGUGAAGAAAAACGGCCAGAGUGAAUGAAAACACCAAGUCAGGAAAUUACACAGCAAGCGUUUGCCUUUGUUUAACGUGUAGCAGCUUUGCGGCAUUUGUUUAAAAUGGUUGGUCAUAUCAGCAGAGUGGGAAUGACUGACACUCCACCCAGUGAUGGCCCCUCCCAGGGAGCUGAGUUUGACAGGAUGGGAUUAGACUGGAAGGAUGGCAUUGCAACGCUGCCAGGCAGUGAUAUCAGGUUCCGCCUGACUGAGUUUCGGACUCUUGAGAUUGUCACAGAUUUAGAGGUCAAAGGGCAGGAGGCAGAGCCUAACAGUGAGACCUUGGACCCCGCACCAUCUCACACGCCCACCCCUCCACCUGAAGGCCAGUCACAGACAGGGACAAGCAAAGCUUCAGCCAGUCAGAGUAAACCAGGAUUGUCUCAAGCUAAAGCUCCUGGUCCUGUGCUUUUGUCUUUAGAGGAGGGCCCCAGUAUGGAGGGCCCCAGUGUGGAGGUUGGGCCCAGUGUUGAAGUUGGUUCUAGUGCAAACUUGGGCUCAAAUGGGGAGCUGUCAAGGUGCCGGGCCUGCGGUGGCCGUGCUCCUGGGGAUGCCCUCCUGCAGGGGAAAUUCUGCUGCUCAGCUUGUGCCCAGCCUUCCAGUGGCAGAUCGUCUCCGGGAGAAGCACGGGAGGGUCAGGCAGUAGAAGGAGAGAGACUUGGCAAACGUGUGCGCAAAAAGAGGAAGAUCUACAUGGACUCGGGUGAGGAAGAGGAAGAAAACCAAGAAGAACCAGAGGAAAAGGCUAAAGCUACAAAGGGCAGGAGAGGAGCCAAAAUUGCCAAGCUGGUUGCUGCCCCACCCAAUAAGAAACGUGCAUGGAGCUGGCCUUCUUACCUCGAAGAGGAGAGAGCGGUCGCUGCUCCAGUUAAACUAUUCAAAGAGCACCAGUCGCUUCCACAAAGCAGGAACAGUUUUAAGGUGGGGAUGAAGCUGGAGGGACUUGACCCGGCACACCCGUCUCUAUUCUGUGUGCUCAGUGUUGCGGAGAUCCAAGGUUACCGGGUGAGGCUCCACUUUGACGGAUAUCCAGAAUGCUAUGACUUCUGGGCUAAUGCCGAUUCGUGGGAUCUGAAACCAGCCGGCUGGUGUGAGAAGAACGGACACAAGUUAUUGUUGCCUAAAGGUAACAAGAAUACCACCAAUAAACAUGAAAUUCAAGGCUGUAAGGAUGGAGAGUUCAACUGGAGCACGUACGUGAAGAACUGCAGGGGUCAGCUGGCCCCGAAACACCUUUUUAAGAGCCUCAACACAUCCGUGACUCCAUCCGGGUUUAGAGCUGGGAUGAAACUGGAGGCGAUUGACAAGAGGAAUCCUGCUUUGAUCUGUGUAGCAACAAUUGCUGCCGUUGUCGACAACCGCCUGCUCAUUCAUUUUGACAACUGGGAUGACACACAUGAUUACUGGUGUGAUGCCAGCAGUCCAUACAUCCACCCUGUGGGUUACUGUGAAGAGGCUGAGCUAACACUCACAACUCCAGCUGAAUGUAAGGAACCAAAGAGUUUCUCUUGGGAGAAAUACCUGGAAGAGACGGGCACACAGGCAGCUCCUGCACGAGCUUUCAAAGUGCGACCUCUGCAUGGCUUCCAGUUUGGGAUGAAAGUAGAAGCGGUUGAUAAGAGGAAUCCCAUGCUCAUUCGUGUUGCCACUAUAGCAGACACAGAGGACCACAGACUAAAGAUCCACUUUGAUGGCUGGAGUUCAGAGUACGACUAUUGGGUGGAAACCGACUGCCCAGAUCUGCAUCCUGUCGGGUGGUGUCAAAAAACUGGACACCCACUACAAUAUCCUAACGGCUCCAGUGAUUUAGUGACUGCUCCAGGACAAGGAUGUCCUACCCCGGGAUGCAACGGCGUUGGGCACAUCAGGGGACCUCGCUAUGGGACUCACUACACUCAGGUGAGCUGUCCCUACUCAGAGGUGAAUCUGAACAAAGAGGGUUUGCUGCCAGACCGUCUCAGCGGAGAGCGGCCUCCCACCCUCAGCGGGCCUCAUCCUCGUGGGCGACGCCCUGACCCAAAUGCAAACAACACAACGCAAAACUCCUCGACGCAAGAUCAACCUGAAGGACCGGAGGACGCCCAGAACAGGAAACCGGCGACGGUGGAAGCUGAGCGUACAGGACGCAGUAGCCAGGCAGAGGCACUGAGUGGAGCCACUGAGCAAAGCCACAAUGGAACAAGGCCUAAACGGACAGCUCCAGUUCCCAAAUACCUAAAAAUGCAUUAUGUCAAAGAGGAGAUUGGCGAUAGUAAAGCCUCUCCAGAGGCCAUCUCCCUCCAGCAGGCCCUCCACGAGUCGGUGUUCUCCCCCGGCAUCUCUGCCUCGCCUCCCCAUCGGGUGGCUCUUUGCUGGGACAAACACUGCCAGCUGCUGCCUGAGGUCCUGGGGCUGACUGCCAAGAGAGUGGCCACUUGGAGUGCCGAGGAGGUGGCUGGUUUUGUCAAAGGGCUUCCAGGGUGCAAAGAACACGCUGCUACAUUUAAAACAGAGCAAAUCGAUGGCGAGGCCUUCCUGCUGCUCACACAAGCAGACAUCGUCAAGAUCCUGUCAAUCAAGUUAGGACCCGCUCUGAAGAUCUUCAACUCCAUCCUCAUGUUGAAGAACGCCGAUGAAGAGUAGAACACGACUCCAGUGGGACUUGUUCCUCGACGCUCGAGUAAAGACUUUGUUUGUUUUGUUUUUUUUAAAUGUCCAGAACAAGUUUAACUUGUUGAGCUCUGUGACGGUACAGCUACACAAGAGAAACAAGCGGAAGUCAUCAUCUCAAAAAAACGUCCAUCUCUCCUCCCUCCUCUCUCCAUGAUGGACGGCCCUGGUCAGCCUGAGGGAGAGUUUUUCAUCAUACCCCGAGGAAUCCUUAACUUAUAACGUGUUUGUUUACUGACUCUUUAAAAAAAAACAAAAAAGGAGGAGAAGAAGAAGCUACAAGCACCUUCAAGAUUUCUUAACAUUGUACAGCCAACAAAUUGGAUUUUGCGUCACAGUUCUGUUGCAUUUUUUUAAAAUCUGAGCUGUAAUGAAACGUUUUUUGUGUUGCGACUUACUUGAGAACACACGUUGUUUGUUUGUUUUUUCUUUUGUUUGUUUGUUUGUUUGUUGUUUAAGCUGCAGAAUACAAUCGUGAGGCGGUGGGACAUUUUUAAAUGUGAAAUUCAGUGGAGCAGAAGCACUAUGUAGUUCAUCUUUUCUCCUGUAGAUGGAGAAAGAGGGCCACUCCACGGGCCCAAAGGGCGUGAGUGAAUUUGGAGUUUAAGUUGAAUGAGGAGGGAGGGAGGGAUGGUUAAAAAUACGUGUUUGUGUACGAGUGUGUAAAAGUGUGUUUGAGAAGUGAGGAUGCAAUUUCCUACUGUCCCGCUUGUGUUGGUUGGUCAUUGCGGGGGGGGGGGGAGUUUUUGACAAACAGGGCCAAGGGCUAACUGUUGAAUUAAGGAAGCUUGGAGUUUGUUUUUUUUAAGGUGGAACAAGCUCUGUUCUUCUACUUGUUUUUUUUUGGGAACGCUCCAUGAAUAUGAAUGUUAAACACAGCUUUCAGUUUUGUUGUUUCUGGUCACAAUGUUCUUGGUUCAGAUUAACCUCUGGUCUUUUUACAGUGUAAAUAAUAUACAGCUACCAGAGUUUACUCCUGUUUGGAUAUGCAAAAGCUUCUCUACAGGAGAGGACGCUGUGGCAGUAAACUUUAAAAAAAAAAACCCACAAAAAAAGAGCCUUGCUUCAUAGUUCUGGAGAAAGAGGAAAGAAAACACCCACAACAAACAUGUUCAGUGUCCUUGUAAAUCUGCGUGUACUUCAGCAAGUUGGAAUGUGUACAUCAGCAACUGUUUAUAUGCAAACAGCUUUUAUUUAUGUAUUGUAAUUUAAGGGGUUAAUGGUACGCCAUUCUGGCUCCGAGGUAGCUCUGGCUGUUUGGAAAGUCUGAAUGGGUGAAAAUAAAUGAGAUGCACACUAUCGGCUGUCCUCAUUUGACUCUGGACAUUUCACCCUCUCCCACACACUUGCACAGACAAUCUAAAACU